AUGAUCGGGGCUGAUUUAUUCGCCGUCAUCUAUUAUUUUCGGACCCUUCCAGAACUGAGCCGGAGACAGAAAAUGGUUUUUGCGAAGAACUUGGCAAUAAGCCUCAAUUCUUUUCAAGAAGCUCAGAUUUUUUUUUUACUGAUUCAUUGCUUUUGGCUUUUUUGUUGUUUUUUUUUUUUUUGCAAUAUUCUUCAUUUAUUUUCUUUACUUUUCUAUUUUGCUUUAUCUUUUCACUUUUCUAUCUUCCUUGCUUUCUCUUUCCUUAAUAUGUCUAUCUAUUUAACCUCUUCUGAUUUUUUCUUUUUUUUUCUACUAUUUUUCUUCUCUCCUUUUGAUGUGAAUCUUUCUAUUGCUUUUCCUAAUUUUCUUCUUUCUUUCUUCCUUGUUUACUUUUUCGUUUGUCUUUUUCUUCCUUCCUUUCACUUACAAUAUUUCUGCAAUUUUUCUUGCAUUCUUUCCUUCUUUCUUUCCUUCAACAUUUUCUUACACUAUUUUAAGAUCUUUCCAGCUCUAUAUAUUUUCUUCGUUCCCUUUCUCAUUCAUUUUACUCGGAUUUUUUUUUAUCUAUAUAUCGAUAUAGUUCUUUUUUGUGUGCAAUUCUUCUCUUCAUUUUCACCCAAAUCUUUCUUUCUUUUUAUUUCAAACUCAGUUCUCAUUUCUCGUUCGUUUUCCCGACGUACCAAGAUUUUACUGUUGAUUUUUUUCUCUUCUGUAAUUUCCCCGCCUUUUUUUUAUCUAUCUGACUGCAAUUCACCCUCUGCAUAUGGAACCAUUUUUAUCUUUCUCUCUACUUCCUCCCACAUUUCAAUUUCCCACCCUCUUUUCAUCUUCUCCUUCACCUCACUCUAUUUUCUCUCCCUUCUAUCUUUCUAUCAAUCUACGUCUCUCUUUCUCCUUAUCAUUCUUUCCGCCAUAAUUUUCUUUCUCUUUUUCUCUCCAUCUCAAUAUUAA